AUGGAGAAUUCUGUCUCUGAGGCCUCUCUCUACCUGCAGGAUCAGUUGGACAAGCUGAGAACCAUCAUUGAGAGCAUGCUGAGCUCCUCUUCCGCACUGCUGUCCCUGAGCAUAACCCCACACAAGUCUCUGGGCGCCCUAGUGCCCGGCCAGAUCGACCCUGAGGCCACCUGUCCAGCCUGCAGUCUGGAUGUGAGCCACCAAGUCAGCCUGCUCGUACAACGCUACGAACAGCUGCAGGACAUGGUCACCGGCCUAGCGGCCUCCAGGCCAUCCAAGAAGGCCAAGUUGCAGGGCCAGGAUGAGGAGCUGCUAGGCCACGUGCAGAGUGCCAUCCUGCAGGUCCAGGGCGACUGCGAGAAGCUCAACAUUACCACAAGCAACCUCAUCGAGGACCAUCGGCAGAAGCAGAAGGACAUCGAAGUGCUGUAUCAGGGGAUAGAAAGGCUGGAGAAGGAAAAGGCUAACAGAGAUCACCUGGAGAUGGAGAUUGACGUGAAAGCCGACAAGAGCGCUCUGGCGUCCAAAGUGAGCAGGAUCCAGUUUGAUGCCACCACAGAGCAGUUGAACCACAUGAUGCAGGAACUGGUGGCCAAGAUGAGUGGUCAGGAACAAGACUGGCAGAAACUUCUGGACAAGCUCCUGGCAGAGAUGGACAGCAAGCUGGACCGCCUGGAGUUGGACCCGUUGAAGCAGACGCUGGAGGACCGCUGGAAAUCACUGCGGCAGCAGCUCAAAGAGCGCUCCCCACUCUACCAGGCUGACGAGGCAGCUGCCAUGCGGAGGCAGCUCUUGGCUCAUUUCCACUGCUUGUCGUGUGACCGUCCCUUGGAGACAACUGUGACUGGACAAGUCCUCUCCAUGACCCCCAUAAUUCCGAGCAUGCCGGGGCACCGCUCCGUCCGGCCUUACACUGUGUUUGAACUAGAGCAGAUCCGACAACAGAGCAGAAACCUGAAGCUGGGCAGCAGCUUCCCUCGGGGUGACCUGUCGCAGAUGGAGAAGAGCGUGGGGCGCCUGCGUAGCAUGCACUCCAAGAUGCUGAUGGACAUCGAGAAGGUGCAGAUCCACUUUGGCGGGUCCGUGAAGGCCAGCAGUCAGAUGAUCCGAGAGCUGCUACAUGCCCAGUGCCUCAGCCACCCGUGCUACAAACGGGGAGCAGAUACAACAGAUUACACCUACUCGACUGUACCCCGUCGCUGUGGGGGCAGCCACACCCUCACCUACCCCUACCGGAGAAACCGCCCGCAGCACCUGUCUCCACUGGAGGAGAUCCAGAUAGCUAUGAAGCACGAUGAGGUCGAUAUCCUGGGCCUUGAUGGACACAUCUAUAAGGGACGGAUGGACACACGGCUGCCGGGCAUCCUAGGGAAAGACGCCCCAGGAAUGGCGAAACACAACAAGGCUAAGCUCCAGCAGCUGCAGCAGCUCCAGCAGAUGCACCAGAUGCAGCAGCUGCAGCAGCUCCAGCAUGCCCGGCCCCACGUGCACAGGCAGCCAAACAUGGGCAACCUCGGCAUGCCGCCCUCUCGGCCUCAGAGUGCACAGAUGUUAGCUGACAGCAAUGCAGUUCCUUCAGGGCAAAAGAAAGACAGACCAGUCUCCUCUGAGGGGCGUCUCCUGCAGUCGAAUAUCCCCACAGACAUGGGAAGUCUGCCGGGUAGCCAACCCGGGAUGAACCUGCAGAUAGAUGUACCUCCUGGGGAGGGGAUGGAGGAGCCCACCCGGGGACCACGGUCCACCACUGCUCACUGAACAGAGACAGAAAUAAACGUUCUUAAG